GCAAUCCUCUGCACUCUUUCACUCUUUUACGCACUCCGGAGAGUUUGAUGCUCUAGUGCUUUGAUCAUGCAGCCGUUGACCCUCACGGUGCUCCUCUUACUGCAGCUCGUGUGUGUGUCGCGUGCACAGUUCCCGCGACCGUGCGCGACCGCCGAGGCUCUCGGGACUAAAACGUGCUGUCCCGUGUGGCCCGGUGACGGCUCGUUGUGCGGCGCGAUUUCCGGCCGCGGCUUCUGCCAAGACGUGUCGGUGUCCGAUCUGCCGAACGGGCCUCAGUUCCCGCACAGCAACGUAGACGACCGCGAACAGUGGCCUCUCGUUUUUUACAAUCGCACGUGCCAAUGCGCGGGCAACUUCAUGGGCUACAACUGCGGCGAGUGCAAGUUCGGCUACUUCGGUACCAACUGCGCAGAAAGGCGCGAGAGCGUCCGGCGGAACAUCUUCCAGCUGUCGGUGGCGGACCGGCAGCGCUUCAUUUCCUACCUCAACUUGGCCAAGAACACCAUCAGCCCUGACUACGUGAUCUUGACUGGCACGCGCGCGCAGAUGAACGACACUGCGAAUUUGAUGUUCGCUGACAUCAGUGUGUACGACCUGUUCGUGUGGAUGCACUACUACGUGUCGCGCGACGCGCUCCUCGGAGGUCCCGGCAACGUGUGGUCGGACGUGGACUUUGCGCACGAAGCCGCUGCCUUCCUGCCGUGGCACCGCGUCUUCUUGCUCUUCUGGGAGCACGAGAUCCGCAAACUCACCGGUGACUUCAACUUCACCAUCCCGUACUGGGACUGGCGGGACGCGCGCGACUGCGAGGUGUGCACGGACGAGCUGAUGGGCGCGCGCAGCUCUCUGGACCCGAACCUCAUCAGCCCGGCUUCGGUCUUCUCGUCAUGGAAAGUGAUCUGCACUCAUCCAGAUGAGUACAACGCACGUGAGGUGCUGUGUGACGGUGUACCAGAAGGUCCGCUGCUCCGUAACCCUGGCAACCAUGACCCUAGCCGUGUCCCCCGGCUGCCUAGCAACGCAGACGUGGAGUUCGUACUCUCGCUCAGGCAGUAUGAGAGCGACACUCUCGACAGACGUGCCAACAUGAGCUUCAGGAACGUGCUGGAAGGUUUUGCGAGUCCAGAGACAGGCAUGGCGGUGUCAGGUCAAAGCACGAUGCACAACGCGCUACACAUCUUCAUGAAUGGAUCGAUGUCAUCAGUGCCAGCAUCAGCUAACGAUCCCAUAUUCCUUCUACACCAUGCAUUUAUAGACAGUAUCUUUGAGCGAUGGCUACGUCUUCACCGCCCUACACGGAGUAUCUACCCAGAAUCCAACGCUCCGAUUGGCCAUAAUGGAGCCUACAACAUGGUGCCCUUCAUCCCUCUGUACAGAAACAUGGACUACUUCAUAUCUACCAAAGAGCUGGGAUACGAGUACACCUACCUACUGGAUCCGACUCAGCGGCUCCUGCAGGAGUUUAUCACUCCUUAUUGGGAGCAUGUCCAGCAGAUUUGGCCCUGGCUGCUAGGGGCCGCAGUGCUCGGAGCCCUUGUCGCCGCAGUCAUCGCCACGGUAAUCAGAAAAGUCGUGAAGGCGGCACGUCCCAGAAGGAACAAGAAGAAUGAAUACGGAGAGAAUCAACCACUACUGAACAGCAGUGAAGAGGACGAUACUGCCUCGUAUCAGACCACACUCUGAACACACACACACACACACACACACACACACACACACACACACACACAUACAUCAUUAGAAAACAAAUAUCACGUUAUAUAUACAAUGUACUUGUACUGUAUGAACACACAUGACAUUUUAAACACACACACACUUCAUGGUGAAGCACUGUAUGUAUACACACACAACCAUCCGUGCAAACACACGCAGAGAUAACUCACACACACACACACACACACACACACACACACACACACGGAGAA